AUGCGCCGGCAACAGGCCGUCCUCUUCUCAUCAAAUCCACGAUUAAUCUGCACACGAUCCUUCGCAAGCCAAACUAAAUUCACAUCCACAAAAUCCCGACCAAGCCUGCCUUUCCUCCUUGUCCCGAAAGCGAGUCCCUCCAUCGCCCGAUCAUUUACCUCCGAGCGCAAAAGAUGGCUUAAACACGAAGCAAAGCUGGUCGUCAGAUACACCAUCACAGUCUGGGGCCUCGCGAUCUGCGGCAUCUUGAUCUUCUUUGCAGUCAAUGAGGAAUCAUCAGAACGGGAGUUCCCCACGCCCCACGAAUGGCACUACUUGACGAGGAAAUUUCUCCGCGACGCGCAAAGCUGCCGGGAUCCCAAGGAUGGCGAAGUCAAUUGGGCGCGAUGUCUGGAGCUGGCCCGGGGAGUGGUCAUUCGGCUAGAGGACCCCAAACUCGGCGGCGAGAAUGUAGUUAAAUUAAGCGACAAAGUCGACCCGAGCCUCGAGGUCCCAGGGGAGUUCAUCAGCUGCGACAUCUCAGCCAAGUCGGAAGAAUGGAGACGCGGCUACUUCGAGGCGAUCAUGUUGGCGGCCAAGGCCGCAGAACACGUCGACGGAUGGCUGAGGGACACAACACGCAACGUGGUGAGCGCGCCCGAGUUUGUCAUUGGUCCCUCGAAUCCACGGCCGAAACCUAUACCGCCAGGACGACCGCACGCACCAAGGGAGGAGGAUUGCGAACCUGCGUACCCAGCCGCAGACAAUUGGUACGUCAAGAUCCUGGCGACAACCGGACUGUCGCCUCGCCAAAAGAUGGAGGCGGCACUCGAGUACGCCACCUUCAUGGAAUUCAAACACAGACAGGAAGGCUCGGAGGCGCUGUAUAGUCUCGCCCUAGCCGAGGCAUCCGCCGGACUCGACCCGUCCAAGCUACCAUACGACCCCAAAACGCUCAUCGUAGAAAGCAAUGCUCCAGCGCCGUCGAUGAACGUUCUCGAUACGUUGACAGCCAUUGCCAACUACAAAGCCCGACGGGGGGAUAUUUCAUCUGCUCUCCCCAUCUACAUUUCUCUUCUCAAAGCGCGCCGCUCUCUAUCAGACACCCCGCCACCCGCGAUUCGGGCACAGCCCAAGAUGCUCUCUCCAUACGAACGAUUUGUGAGGUUCUUCGGUCCUCCUGCCUAUCCAGCCCCGGGACCAGAUGGCACCCAACCGCCGUGGAGAACUCCCUAUGAGCGGUGCCAGGAAGCAUCUCUUAACUUGUAUAUUGGCGAGAUCUUGUAUGCCACUUCAUCAGAAGAUGAGGGGUUGGCGUGGACUAGGGACGGUGUUGAUUUGGCAGAAGAACAAUUGCGCGCGCUGGGAUCAGCAAGCAAGGAUAAAGAGACGAAGCAGAUAUGUCGUGAGUGUCUGGGCACAGGGCUAGAUAACUGGACCACAAUGGUAUCCCGCCUAGCAAAGGCAGAGGAGGCUCGGAGCAGUGACGCAAAGUCUAACCUGUUUUCUUUCUGGGGUGCGUCUCAGGAUGCCGAGGGCCGAUGGGCAGCGGAAGAGGCUGUUGUUGAAGAGCGCAUCAGGAGGACGCGAGAAUUAAUGGAAGAUGUAACUCCACCUGGGAUGGGAUUUUGGUCUUAUUUCAAGGCAUGA